CAGGCGCGCCGCUCACUUCGGGGGCGGAAGCGGCCGCAGCCGGUUGCCUAGGGGAGCGAUGGCCGCCGGCGGCCUGAGCCGCUCCGAACGGAAAGCGGCCGAAAGGGACAAGAUCCUGCAGGAGGAGCAGCAGCGGAACCGGCUCCGCCAGGUGUCCCGGAUCCUGAAGAAGGCGGCGGCGGAGCGGAGCGCCGAGGAGUGCCGGCUGCUGGCCGAGAGCGAAGAGCUGGUGAAGGAGCUGCAGGGCCGGAGCCGCCGCCGGGAGGGCCUGAAGAGGCGGCAGCAGGAGGUGUGUGAUGACCCAGGGGAACUAAGGAGGAAAGUCAGGGAGCUGGCUGUAGCUGUCCAAAACGCCAAAUACUUGGUCAUCUACACGGGAGCCGGAAUUAGCACGGCAGCUUCCAUCCCAGAUUACCGGGGCCCAAAUGGAGUGUGGACAUUGCUUCAGAAAGGGAGGAGCAUUAGUGCUGCCGAUCUGAGUGAGGCGGAGCCCACCCUCACCCACAUGAGCAUCGCCCGCUUACAUGAGCAGAAGCUGGUGCAGCAUGUAGUAUCCCAGAACUGUGAUGGACUCCAUUUACGGAGUGGAUUGCCCCGCUCAGCAAUUUCAGAACUUCAUGGGAACAUGUACAUUGAGGUCUGCACAUCCUGCACUCCCAACCGAGAGUACUUGAGAGUAUUUGAUGUGACAGAGCGCACAGCCCUGCACAGACACCAGACAGGCCGGACCUGUCAUAAGUGUGGGGCACACCUUCGAGAUACCAUUGUGCACUUUGGUGAGAGGGGGAUUUUGGGGCAACCUCUGAACUGGGAAGCAGCAACCGAGGCAGCAAGCAAAGCAGACACAAUUCUGUGUUUGGGAUCCAGCUUAAAGGUGCUGAAGAAGUAUCCACGUCUCUGGUGUAUGACUAAACCCCCUAGCCGGCGGCCUAAGCUCUACAUAGUAAACUUACAGUGGACACCAAAAGAUGACCUGGCUGCCUUGAAACUUCAUGGGAAAUGUGAUGAUGUCAUGCAGCUGCUAAUGGAUGAACUGGGUCUUGAGAUCCCCCACUACAAUAGGUGGCAAGACCCCAUCUUCUCUCUGGCAACUCCUCUCCGUGCUGAUGAAGAAGGCAGCCACAGCCGAAAGCCAUUGGUACCCCCACAGAGUGCAGAAGAGACUCAGUCCAGGGAUCAAAAGGAGCAAGGGGCUCCACUCAGCUCAGUGCCAUUCUCAGGUGGCUGGUUUGGCAGGGGUUGCACCAAAGGCACAAAGAGGAAAAAAGUGUAGCCCCAUGCCUGUAGGGGAAUAGACAGUUGGCACUUUUCAAAUAACUUCAGGAAACCUUAUUCAGGGGUCAGAAGUCACCAUGAAGGGUGAAGUUAACCUCCAUGUUGACUGGUAAGGGGGAAUAAUGGAUGAAAUUUUUGUACUGGGAUUUUUAGUAAUUUAUCUGGGGUUUUUUUCCCCCCUUGAAAGCCUGUCUUCUAGCUCUUUGUACCACUUUUUGUGCUGCAAACUGCACCCAAUCAUGAAUUAGGGUCUAUUGAUGACGUCUCUGAGUGAGGAAGUGGCAGACUUAAUAAUUUUCUGCAAGAUAAAGGACUUGGUGAUAUUUCACAUCUGGCUGGCCAUGAAGAAAUACACAGCUGCCUUUACCUCAGUUCACCAGACUGCUCUUAGGUCCCUGAACUGUAUUUCUACCACUUGUUACUAAAAAUAUUGCUAACUAUAGGUAUCUUUUUUCUGUAUUUGAGUAUACAGUAAUAGGGUGGCUUUGACCUCUCUAAAAGCUCUAAGCAGAUCCUUUCAUUUUUUUCGAUUAAACUCUACAAUACCUUGAU